AUGCAGGGGGGCUAUUUUUAUCUGCUUCUUCUUCUUCUUCUUCUUCUUCUGGGGUCGUUAGUUUCCGCCGCCAUUGCUUGUUCAACCGAACCUGCAAAUCUAACGACUUUUGAUGUCAGAGACUUCGGAGCUAUCAGUGCCGGAGGCAACAUUGAUAAUUCCGAAAUAUUAGGGAGACUUUUGGCACCAAACUCACCCGAAGCAUGGAAGGAGCUUGACCAAAGUCAAUGGCUAGCUUUCAAACGAGUCAGCGGGCUCAAGGUGGUUGGCCCUGGCAGAAUCAAUGGAAGAGGCAAAGGCUGGUGGGAUCAGUCCUGCAGAGACCACCCUGGCCUGAAGGGAUGCACUGUAUUGGCCCCAACUGCAGUGAAGUUUGUGUCGUGUAACAACAGCAGCAUUAGUGAGGUUCAUUUCGUAAAUAGCUCUCAAGUCCAUGUCUUAAUAGAAGGGUGUGAAGGAAUUCACAUAGAGAAUGUGCUGAUCGAAGCUCCGGAAAGAAGCCCCAACACUGACGGAAUUCACAUUUCUGCCUCUCACUACGUGUUUGUCACUAAUGCAAUUAUAGCAACGGGCGAUGAUUGUGUUUCCAUUGGAGACCAUACAUCGAAUAUAGUUGUCUCAUACGUUAAAUGCGGCCCCGGCCACGGAAUCAGCAUUGGCAGCUUAGGGAGGAGUGGGAAUUUUGUUCAGGUGGAGAACAUUCAUGUAACUCAGGUCUACCUCCAAGGAACCACCAACGGAGCUCGAAUCAAGACAUGGCAGGCCGGCAAAGGUUACGUCCGACGGGUCACGUUCGAGCACAUGUUUUUCCGUUCCGUUAAGAACCCCAUAAUUAUCGAUCAAAACUACUGCAGCAAAAGGGGCGCCUGCAAGGAACUGGAUACUGGCGUUCAUAUAAGUGAUGUCUCCUUCAACAACCUGUAUGGUACAUCAAGUUCCCAAGUGGCUAUCAAUCUCAACUGCAGUCGCUCUGUCGCUUGCACCGGAGUAUUUUUGAAAUCUAUAUACCUUAGACCGGCUAUACAAGGACAGAACUUGACUUCGAACUGCACCAAUGCCCAUGGCAUUGCCUUCGGAGUGAUUCAACCAGAACCCUGUCUCCAAAUUUGA